AAGGAAGAGGAGGAGGUGGAGGAGGAGGAACUGGUCAGACGCAGCUCCUGUCAGGCGGGCGGUGCACAACAGGCUCGGCGCUCUCUAAAGGACGGCGGAAUGGAAGUUUUUCUCCAUGUGAAGACGAUGAGGGAGGUUUUGUACGCGCUGUGCGCCAUCCUCCUCAUCACCGAAGUCACGUCCGCAGAGGAAAACACAAAUGUCAAAAACUCCCAGUGCCACAACUACGCCGGAGGACACGUCUACCCCGGGGAGGCUUUCCGCGUUCCGGUGUCCGACCAUUCCCUGCACCUCAGCAAAGCCAAAAUUUCAAAGCCCGCACCACACUGGGAGGGAACAGCUGUAAUCAACGGCGAAUUUAAAGAGCUGAAACUCUCCGACUACAUAGGCAAAUACCUCGUCUUCUUCUUCUACCCCCUGGACUUCACAUUCGUCUGCCCCACUGAGAUCAUUGCAUUCAGCGACCGCAUGCACGAGUUUCGUGCCAUCAACGCGGAGGUUGUCGCCUGCUCUGUUGACUCGCAGUUCACCCACCUGGCCUGGAUCAGCACCCCCAGGAAACAGGGUGGACUCGGGCCAAUGAAAAUCCCACUGUUGUCUGACCUCACUCACCAGAUUGCCAAAGACUACGGAGUGUAUCUGGAGGACCAGGGACACACACUUCGUGGGCUCUUCAUCAUCGAUGACAAGGGCAUCCUGAGGCAGAUCACCAUGAACGACCUCCCAGUCGGAAGAUCUGUGGAUGAGACUCUCCGGCUGGUCCAGGCCUUUCAGUACACCGACAAGCACGGCGAAGUUUGCCCAGCAGGAUGGAAGCCAGGCAGCGACACAAUUAUCCCAGACCCUUCAGGGAAACUGAAGUAUUUUGACAAACUGAACUGAUCUGUUUUCUCUGUUUUAACGGUCUGUGAAAGCCACCACUCACUAAAAGACACAAAUAAAACCGUUUUCGUAA